AAUUUUUUUUUCACAAAAAGUACUUUUGAAAAAGAACUAACCGAAAUGGCUUUUUAAUAUUUUUAACUACUAAAAAGGGUUUUGAAAAAUUCUUGUCCAAAUGAUUUUUAUUCAAAAAAUUCUCUUUCAACUUUUACUUCAAACAGAUAUUUCAAAAUAGUUUCUCAAAAAUCUUGAGCCCAAAUAUUCUUUUCUAAAAUCCUAUAAGUUAAGAAUACAUUAUUAAGGAAUUCGUAAACUAAUUCAUGCUUUAAGGAAAAAAUACAUACAUCCACACAAACAAGACUAUUAAUAUAUUAUUAAUUUUUUUUUUUUUUGGACAAAGAUGGUAUAUAUCUAUUCCUUUUGCUAUUGCUUCUAAGUUUCCAAUUGUAGAGUAAUUUGUUAAAUGCCAUUUCAACUUAGAAUAAGUAAGAAAUUACUAUUGAUCCCCUUUUUAGACAUCUAGAGCGGGAUCAAAACUGCUUGUGGGGGUACUGCUUAACUAGCUUAUCAUGUUAGCUGAUACUUGGCAGAUCUAUUAUGCAAGUUAAAAAUAAGGCGCUAGGUUAUUCACAUGGUUACUCUAGUUUCCAAUGAAGGCGUCUCUGACUCUUACAUCAAAUCGUCAAAAUAGUUGAGAAAUCAUCCCAACUAUCACCAUUUUGUUGUCAAAUUGGUGAUUUAGGAUAUGUUUAAAAGAAUUGUACCUCUUCAACUCAACUGUUCACAUUUUCCUUAGGCCUUUGUUUCGCUUCUUCGAUUUCAAAAAAUAAAAAAAAAAAAAAAUCCAAUUUAUUAAACUAAAAUAAUAUAACAAACUGAAUAUCUUUUUGGAGGUAGUACAUUACUAACAAACAAUUAAAAACACAUUUCAAACGCAUCCCAAAUCAUGAUCAAUUGUGGAUACUCGACUAUAUAAUUAAUAGGAACCAUUCUAUGUAUGGAUAUGUCAUAACAAUUUGAGUGAUCAUGGAGGGAUUAUCUGAGAGAGCCAAGAGUUGUUUAGUAGGUAUUUGUUUGCGAAAACACGGGGAUUGUCUAUUAUUAUAAACUCAAAACAAAGGUAAAAACUUUUGUUGCUAUGUUUUGAUCUCAUUCACGCAAGUAAAACACAACGGUGGUUGAACAUUUACAUCCACUUGAUGAGAUAAAUUAGUAUCUUAGACUUUUAUCUUUUUCAUUAUAUCCAAAAAAAUAAAAAUAAAAAUUAGAACCAUUCAAAACAACAUAUACGAUAGAUAUAACCUCUAAAUACUACUCCCUAUAUUCUAGAAUAAUGAUUUGGUCUAUAUUCUUAAUUAUGUACAAAUAUACUUAAAAUGAAAACUUACAUUGAACAAAUGGAAAGAGUGUCGCCGCGACUAUGGAAACCGUUGAUGUCUCCGACUCCGACUCCUCGCCUGAGAAGUCGGACUCGAAUGACAAGAAUUACAAGGCAAAAAUCCCCAAGCAGGAAGAAAACAUCAGGGAGACUUCAAAGCAUGGCUAUGAUUUGAGGGAUCGGGUUCAGGUUUCUCCCCCACGCCUCCCCCCCUACCGGCUUCACUACCAAUUUGGGCGUCCCAAAGGUCUCGUUCCCGCCGGGCGGCUGCUGUUAAGAGGCCACGAGAGCCUUCGCCGUAGCCGAAUCUUUUCCGAACGGCAAAAGAGUUUCUCAAGAACGCGGAGGGCCAAAGGGUUGGGAUGGAACUUAAUAUUGAAAUAACCUAUCCGAAUAGGAAAAUUGGCUCUAUUUUUGGGAAUCUGGCACGUUUUUUCAACGGAAAAAAUUAUCUGUACGACAGCACAAAUGCCAAUUAUCUUAAAGCAGAGAUGGCAAAAUCUCCGGUGGGGAACUGGUCGUGGUUCGAGGAUUUGGUUGGAGGCUCUAACAUCGAAGGAAUCAAAUGUGGAAGAUUGUCUUAAAUUUCUCUCUAAUUUGAAGAAAUAUCAACCAAUGCUUGAAAGUAUUUGCAAACAGGCCAGAGCGAGUGACAGGGGAGCUGAGAAAGAGGCUGGAGUUGCUUCUGGUGCAGCAGAGAGUGAUAGGAGAUCUGAGACACUGCCAGAUAAUCAUCGAUCGCAAUAGCUGAGCUCGCUGACGACAUUACUCAAGUGUGUAACUCAGUAACUGUUUCUUCUCUAUUUAAUGUCAACAUUGUGGACACUGGUUGUGAUUAUAAUAUCAUUUUAAGUGGAGAUAUGGGUGUCCACGUGUACAAGCAAGUUGUGGAGAUGGUGUAGUCAGUGUUUAGUGCUAAUAAUUGUAGGGUCGAAUGGAUAUAUAAUAAUAUGGUGUGGCUCUCACUCCUGAGUGAAUUUUGGUAUUGACAGACGUAGUGGAUCGACUACCUAUUAUCCUAUUAGUAUUUUGCUAUUAGUAUGGUUGCGUUUAUGGCUUUAAACAAC